AUGAUCGCUAUAGACUUUUGGGAGUCAAAGGACGGAAAAGCAAUUGACGUUAGCCUUCAGAGAAGGAAGAAGGAUGUGCUUGUUUAUAUCGAACGUAGAAGGGUGGUGGAUGGUAAUCCUCAGAAAGCGUACAUCCACCGCAUGAACAUGGGAAUCCAGGACGCAGUGGACGGGGCUGGGUUACCGUUUGCCUAUGUGCAAAAGCUUAUGAGGCCUCAUACCAGAACACUGGAAGAAAGAAGCAGAAGAAUUGGCAAGGAAGCAGGCCUUGAAUUCUAG